AUGAAUAACCAAGGUAAAGUGCAAAAGCCCAACAAGCCAGCCGCCAACUCGCUGAAACAGGUCGAGACGAGGAAACGACAGGUGUUCAAGGCAGUACUGGCUAGUCCGUAUUCCCGCCGUAACCUGUGGCCGGCGGUGAGUGCCGAAUUACAGAACGAUCUGGUCGAUCUACUGUGUUCGAUCCUCGAGCAGAUCGGUACUUUCAACAGGCUGUCCUCGGCAGAGAAAAAAUCCUCCGGGCUGGAGAAGCCCGCUAUCAGCGAAUUUGUGAUUUACGGGUUCAAUAGCUGCAUGAAAGCUCUGGAAGAGCAAUCGAAACGGAUCCAGUCUGCACAGCUAGACUUGAACAGCAAUCAUACCCUUCUUUAUCUCUUUGUGUGCAAGCUGGAUAUGACGACGCCGCUGCUUUUCCAGCACUUCCCUGUUCUGAGCGCAUAUGCCAAUGUGAAGCUGAUUCAGCUACCAAAAAAUACACAUCAGAAAUUACAGAACGUCUUAGGUCUGAAAAAACCAACAGAGGUGUUGGUUUUGGCCAGAGGAGCUGCGAAAAUGUACCCAUUGCUUGCUGAGCUUGCUGAGGGCGUGGAGGACGUGGACAUCGAGUUUCUUCGAAGCGGGCCUUUCGAGGCGAAAAUAAAACACAUAUUGACGCAACAAACAGUUAAAAAAUAG